AGUGAAAAUCUGCCACUGGAGCCCAGCCUCCGGUGGCCCAGCAUGGAGACAGCCACAGCGCCGGAGGUGGCCUCAGAACCCACGCUGAAGGUGAAAGAAGCCAGCCCAGCGGAUGCUGAAGAACCCCAGACUUCACCUCAACUGGGGGCCAGCAGCCCCUUUCCCCAGCUCCUGGCCCCUCUAGAAGAACAACCUAAGAUCUGGCUACCUCGGGCCCUGAGGCAAACCUACAUCCGGAAGGUUGGAGACACUGUGAACCUACGAAUUCCAUUCCAGGGCAAACCCAAACCUCGAGCCACCUGGACACAUAAUAGCCGUGCCUUGGAUGCCAGUCGUGUGAGCGUGCAGAAUGGGGAGCAGGACUCCAUCCUCUUCAUCCGAGAAGCCCAACGUGCUGACUCAGGUCGCUACCAGUUCAGUGUGCAGCUGGGCAGGCUGGAGGCCACUGCCACCAUUGACAUCUUGGUAAUUGAGAGGCCAGGCCCUCCUCAGAGUAUCAAGUUGGUGGACGUUUGGGGCUCCAGUGCUACCCUGGAGUGGACACCUCCCCAAGACACAGGCAAUGCGGCACUUCUGGGAUACACGGUGCAGAAGGCUGACACAAAAUCUUGGUUGUGGUUCACAGUGCUAGAGCAUUAUCACCGCACCAACUGCACAAUAUCCAACCUCAUCAUUGGCAACUCCUACGCAUUUCGAGUCUUUGCUGAGAACCAGUGUGGGCUAAGUGACACAGCCCCCAUCACUGCUGACCUUGCCCACAUCCAGAAAGCAGUUACAGUUUACAAGACCAAGGGGUUUGCCCAGCGAGAUUUCUCUGAAGCUCCAAAGUUCACCCAGCCUCUGGCAGACUGCACUACAGUCACUGGCUAUGAUGCCCAGCUCUUCUGCAGCGUCCGUGCCUCUCCCAAGCCAAAGAUUAUCUGGCUGAAGAACAACAUGGAUAUCCAAGACAACCCCAAGUACAGAGCCCUCACUCAUAUGGGAAUCUGCUCACUAGAAAUCCGCAAGCCUGGUCCCUUUGAUGGGGGCAUCUACACCUGCAAGGCGGUUAACCCCCUGGGGGAGGCAUCUGUGGACUGUCGGGUGGACGUGAUAGGUAAGGGCAGAACUCCUGUCUUAGGGUGCAGUCCUCUCCUUUCUCCACAGGUGAAAAGUUGGGGAAAAGACACAAGCCUAGGUGGAGAAGGGCUUAAUUUGCUUCCCUCUUCGGGCCCUUUCAUCACUGUCAACAUCGGAAUGUAUUUGAGGAGCCAUUUUUAUUAUCAACUAUCUCAUUUCUCUCUGUCAUAAUUCUACAAUAUAAGAAGAGUUGCUACUUCCAUUUUGCAAAUGAGAAAGUUGAUGUAUAGUGAGGUUACUGGAUUACUCGAGAUUUCCAGUGUUGGUUAACUGAGGAGUUGGCACUAUGGUGGAAAGAGCCCAAGUUUCCUGGUCCUCGUUUUGUUUUUUGUUUUUUAAACAAUACAAUCUUCUGAUUCAGUCCAGGAAGGCUGCAGCUGUUUAUUGGGCUUUUAAACAAACCAGAGGACU